AUGGUGCCCUUUUUGCUGCUUGGGCUAGUCGGCGCUACCGUAGCCUCAUUUUGCGGGCAAGCUGCCGUGCCGUUCACGUUUCAGGUCCUCCGAGCCGGAUACCCAGUGCUAGGUUGCGCACGACCCAGGUGCUUUGGCUGGACGGCUAAUGGCACUCGAGUAGCGGAUUCCGCCCAAUUCUACCGCAUUAAUGGCAAGGAGGAUGGGUAUUUGAGGAGAUCCGAUGUUCUUCUCCGCCAGCCCUUCAAAACCCAAGGAUUCGUCCCCCAGCUUUCGAGCUGCGAGACCAACUAUCGGCAAAACGGCUGUGACGCCGGGCAGUGGAUCGGUGGGCUUGCACCACAGUCGGAUGCCUACUCAAAAACGCUCCAAUCCCGUUGCUGCUCCUACGGACCUCUCUUCAAUUCGGAAGACCGAGGAAUCGCCCAGCUGCACCCCGGUCAGAUGGUCGUCGGGGGAGAGGUGACGCAAAGCGGUCGUCUCGUCGCUUUUGACUACAUUGCCAACCUGAACAAAAUUAUCGCCGACAAUGGAACGAUCAUCUACAACGUGCACGUCCGCAGGAUGCAGUGUUUGGAUGAGGAGACCGCUUCUGAGACGAUUACUGCUAACAACGCGAUUAUUCCAUCGGCUCAGCGUGGACUGGAGAAGAAUCCCCUCGAUGUCGCCCCAUCUGACAUCCAGCUCCAAACAGUCCAGGAGCACAACGCUCAGGCUCUCGCCGCUCCGACUCAGGUCUUCGGCCAGCCCCCAGGCUUCCAGACUCCUCAACUCCCCAACAACAGCAGCGGCAGCUCGUCCCAGCUGCCUCGG